AGCGAACUCGAGCAAAGCUGCUGUCCUAUUGUGGUUGAGCCUCCACGAGUAAUCUUCGAGCCUCAAGUCGCCCCAUCAACAAAGCAGAAGGCACACAUAUUUUUUGUUUUCCUUUUCCUUAGGUAAUUCUCAGCAUACACCUUUCCCUUUUGGCAGAAAGUAAGGUAGGACGCGAGCCGUGUCUUCGUGUUGCUCGUACGAAAACGAGGAUAACAUCAUAUAUGUGUUUUCCUUUCGGGUGGUGCGUUUACUCCGCGUAGCUGCAACGAUAUGCUGCUUUCAGUAAUACCAAUCUCUCUCUACUAUUAUUAUUAUUAUUAUUAUUAAAGCAGCGUAACACUUUUCUUUUCACACUCUUCUUCUUCUUUUAUUUUUGUAUGUCAUCGGUGCAGCAGUAGUAUGUUGUUUUUCUCUAAUCGUAUACCUUUUUUUUUGUUCCACACUCCUCUGGUUCUUCUGAGCUGCUAACGAUAGUGAUACCGCCUUGCACAGCUUGUUUAGUUUUCUUUUAGUUCCCUCGCUUUCUUCCAAAUAUUUCCCAACACUGCUUUUUCGAGCUUGCCGGCUGGCAGGUCCAUCAACUCUAACUUUUUUCUUCUCGUCUUCUAGUUAUUACCCUGCUUUGGAAAAAGCUCUCUUUAGUGUUGUGGGAACGCGUUCGAUUUUUCCGCUGUCGUUGAACGCGAGGUUGCCAACACGCUUUUGUAUAUUCCUCAACAAUAAAAACCGUUAGAAUACCAGCGUGGGAUAGCUUACGACGCAACAACGUGAUCGCAGGUAGAGCCUUCUGCUUUCGCUUCUCCUUUUAAGAGCCAAUUACCUUUUUUGUUUGUUUCCUUUCAACUAUUGCUCUCACAAAAACUGUGAUACUCUACGGCAGCAGCGUUAAAUUUGGCACUUCUCGAAGGAAAAUGGAGAAAACGGGUGGAGAAGUCAUCGUGAUGCGGGUGAUGCCCAUCCCAGUGCAGCUCCGAUACCUUCUCUCGGCUGCCCUCGUCUGCUUCAUACUCUCUGUCACUGGUCUGUAUCUCUGGGAGCAGAUGCCGCUUAACAAGGAUACGCAGCCCGGCCUCAAUCGCACCUUCGGCUACACCGGCAGCGGCAUCGUAGGCGUUAUUCUCCUCUUCUCGUUUUCUACGGUGUGGGUGGUGCUCCUGUACGAGAGCUCGCAGCUGUUUGUGCGCUACGCCUUCCUGCCGCAGCACGCACACGAUCAGGCGAAACGUCUUCUGUGCGUCGCCCUCUCCAUACAGGCUGUGCUAGGUCUAUUUCUUCUCAUCUGGUCGUCCGUGCUGCUGCACAAGCUGGGGCGCGAGACAGCGAGCUGCGGCGUCAUUUUCUGCUUGGGUGUUCAAAAGCACUUUGAAUUUGCCAAGACUCGUGGGGCCAGUUUCAACUUCCUCGUUGGAUUUAUGGCCUUCUGCACCCUUGUCCCGCUGUCGUGUGUGAUGUGGUACCGCGUCUACACGCUGUGGCUGCUGCAGAAGGCCUUCCGCGCCGUCGGGACCAGCGAAGGCGUUCACUCAACGAUCGCCGGCGACUUUGCCGUGAACCCCUCCGACAAAAACGGUGGAGAGAGCCACAGCGACGCUUCCAUUUUGGUUGCGAACACGAGCACCUCUUCCCCGGGAGAGGGCAGCGCCUGCGCGGCCACUUCCGCCAACCCCAUGGCGAAGCCUCCGAGCAUACGCACGUACGCGGCCACGCCGUGGAAGAAGCAGCUCUCGCGCAUCAUCGGGCUGUGCCUCGGCAUUGUUGCGUGUGCGCUGUUGACGUUCUGGCUGCCCAACGAUCCGCGCCGCUUUCACCCCGCAAACAUCGCGCGCUUUGCAAAUUUGACCAUUUCACGAACUCAAAACACAAAGACGUCGGUGGUGCCUGAGAUGCCGUACGCGUGGUUCCGCACCGGUCAGAUCCGCGUCUCGCAAGACCUCAUUCUGAAGCUCUUCCCCGGCAACGUCUUCUUCUACGUGUACCUGCUCUCGCUGGCGAUCAUCGUGUUUGUGCUGCGGCAGACGCAGACGGGUCGGUACUGGAUGCAGCGCCGCAUCCCGCGCUGUGCGUGCUUCACGUACGGCGAGGCAGCCUUCAUGGCGGCCACGGCGUGGCUCGUCCUCUUCUUCACCAUCUACUGGGUGCGGGACCACAACUAUAAGAAUGCGUGGGGAAACGGCAUCAACCCAAAGAUGCUGAAGUGGCCCGAGCGGUGGGGUCGUGGGAUGGGUCAGCUCGCCAUCCUCUUCCUGUCGCUGCUGCUGCUGCCUGUGGGUCGGCAGUCCGUCAUUGUGACGGUGCUCGGUGUCUCGCGCGACGGCCUGCUGUGGUUCCACCGCGCGGUGGGCUACUGCAUGCUUGCGGCAACGCUGGCCCACAUUACCAUCUUCUAUUACUCCUUUUAUGAAUACGGGCUACUUUGGCACAACCUCUGCUUCUUGCCCAUAACCAUCGGAGAGGCGUCCGUCAUAAACGACUUCACGACCAUCGCAGCGACGUGGACGACGUGGUUCCUGCUGGUGGCGAUGGGCAUCUUCAGCCUGAACGCGAUGCGGCGCCGCUUCUACGAGCUCUUCUACUACGCGCACCUCGGCGCCACCUACAUGACGCUGCCCAUGAUGAUCUUCCACGCGUCGGCGGGCUGGAUGUACAUGCUGCCGGGGCUGACGCUGUUCCUGGCGGACCAGCUGGUGCGGGUGUGGCAGCGGUCGGCGGUGGUGCGUGUGGUGCACGCGCGGACGAUCAGCGAGGACACGGUGGAGCUGGCCUUCUCGGUGCCCGGGCGGUGGGACAUGCGCUGCGUGCACCCCGGCCAGUACGUGCUGGUGUGCGUGCCGGAGCUGACGGCGCUGCAGUGGCACCCCUUCACGCUGACCAGCGUGGUGGACGAGGACGGGGCGGCGGACGCGGGCGGCGUUGCGGUGAGCACGACGGGGACGGUGUUCUACCUGCACAUCAAGUCGAUGGGGCCGCUGACGUGGACGGGGCGGCUGUACGACAUGGUGCGGAGCGGGCAGGUGUUCAGCGUGGGCGUGGAGGGCCCCUGCGGGACGCCGGUGGACUACAGCCGCUACGACGACAUCGUGCUCGUCGCGGGCGGCAUCGGCGCCGCGCCGUGCGUGUCGGUGUACGGGUCGCUGCUGCGCGCGCACAUGCGGAGCGCCGACGGCGCUGGUGUGCCGCGUGUGCGGAUGGUGUGGAGCACGCGGUCUGCGUCGCUGGUGGGUGCCGUGGCAGACAUGCUGCAGCUGCCGGUGUCGUACCGCGGCCUCGUGCGCACUCCGCAGCGACGCAAAGGGAAUUCGGGAACCACUGCGAAUGCGCCGUCAACGCGCUCCUCUGUGCCAGCUGUCCUCCACACGGAGACCACGGUGGAGGUGCCCGCAUCGCAGAGGGUAAGAAACGAAGACUUUGCGCUGGACGUGUACAUUACACGCAGCGGCGAACUGGCGAAAGUUGCCCUUCUGGAUCAUGAGAUGCGGGAGUUGAGCGCCGCUGCCGCUGAGACUCAGCUUUCCGCUCCAGGGAUGCUCGCCGAGCGCCUGAGUGGCAAGGCCCGGGAAGAGGUGGAAGAGGAGGAACUGGUUAUGGAGCGCGCGGCGCCGCAGCAACCGCCAGUGCCAGCAGCCGUGAAUCGCGGUGCUCGGCUGCGUGUGUUUGAAGGUCGUCCAGAUCUGCCUCUCGAGAUACGUAGUGCGUUCCUGAACCCCGCAACUAACGAGAUGGACGGGGAUGCGAUGCGCAAGCUGGUGCUUGUUUGCGGUCCGGAAGGAAUGGUGAAGGAUGUCGUAAUUGCUGCAGCUGAGAUCGGCGUUGCGGUGCACACGGAAGAGUUUCUCUUCUAA